CUCAAAAAAUUGAUUAACGUAUUCUUGUCGGGAGUUUUUAUGUUUUAUACUUUCAUUCUGGUUUGUUGUUGUUGCAUAACAACAUAUAUAGAGAGAGAAACAAAUUCAUGAAACAAAUUCAUAACACACAUGAACGAAACGUCAUAACAUAGAAACAAAGAAACAGAAAAAACAAAACAGCUCUUAUAACUUCAUUACAACUUAUUUUCCACUUCCACACUUCAUUUUCCUUCUAAAUUCUCCAUUUCCAAUUUCUCAUUAUCAAUUUCGAAUUUCUUUUAAUAAUUAUCAUUAAUUAUUAAUUAUUAUCAAUUGUUGUUAUUAUCAUCUACAUUCUCUAUUCUAUUAUUCAAUUUGGGGGAAUUUCUGAGAUCUACAAAACGCUGCGUUUCGUUCGUUGUAGUGAGAAUUCUCCGGUUACCGGUUUGGAUCCGAUCGGGGAAGUAACAGCGCCAUCCAAUGGCGCUGUUCCGAAGAUUAUUUUACCGGAAGCCGCCGGAUCGUCUUCUCGAGAUCUCUGAGAGAGUCUAUGUUUUUGAUUGCUGCUUCUCUACGGGCGUCUUGGAAGAAGAUGAGUACAAAUUGUAUAUGGGGGGAAUUGUAGCUCAGCUACAAGAUUACUUUCCAGAUGCUUCUUUCAUGGUGUUCAAUUUCAGAGAAGGGGAUAGGCGCAGCCAAAUUUCAGACAUAUUAUCUUUAUGUGACAUGACAGUUAUGGAGUACCCUCGGCAAUACGAGGGCUGUCCACUUCUUCCUCUAGAGAUGGUUCAUCAUUUCCUUCGAUCAAGUGAAAGCUGGCUGUCUUUGGAGGGGCAACAAAAUGUGCUUUUGAUGCACUGUGAAAGAGGGGGUUGGCCUGUGCUGGCAUUUAUGUUAGCCGGUCUUUUAUUGUACCGAAAACAAUAUAGUGGGGAGCUGAAGACUCUUGAAAUGGUCUACAAGCAAGCACCCAGAGAACUUCUCCAGCUUUUAUCUCCUUUGAACCCACAGCCUUCUCAGUUAAGAUAUCUUCAUUAUAUUUCCAGGAGAGAUUUGGGUUCUGAGUGGCCUCCUUCAGACACACCUUUAUAUUUAGAUUGUGUAAUUCUAAGAGAUCUUCCAUUAUUUGAUGGUGGGAAAGGUUGCAGGCCUGUUGUAAAUGUUUAUGGUCCGGACCCUUCAAAUCCUGCCAAUAGAAGUUCUAAGCUUCUUUUCUCAACUUCAAAAGUCCAAAAUCAUGUUCGCCACUACCCGCAGGCAGAGUGUAUGCUCGUGAAAAUUGAUAUUCGUUGUCGUGUUCAAGGGGAUGUCGUUCUUGAAUGCGUACAUUUAAACGAAGAUUUCCUUAGUGAGGAGAUGAUGUUUAGAGUGAUGUUUCAUACUGCAUUUAUACGGUCAAAUAUUUUGGUGCUGAGCCGUGAUGAAAUCGAUAUAUUGUGGGAUACAAAGGAUCAGUUCCCCAAGGAUUUUAAAUCUGAGGUGCUUUUUUUGGAUGCUGAUGCUGUUAUACCUAAUCUAACCACAGUCAAUGUGAGUGAAGAAGAUGAAAAUGAGACAGAAAGCGGUUCCCCUGAGGAAUUCUACGAAGUGGAAGAGAUUUUCAGCAAUGUAGUUGAUAUACAGGAUUCUCCAAAGUUUCGUCAAAAUGCAGUAGAUGUCUGGAAAGAGUAUUCAGAUCCUCCUACCUUUCAGGAUUCUACGCAAGAUGACGGGAUUAACCAACAGGUUGAAUGGACAGAUUCUGUUAUUAAUGAGGUGAAAGACAUCACGGUUGAUGAUGUGAAAUACAAGCUUGAUGAGCGUGUAGAUUCAGAUACUCAUGCAGUGAAAGAUAUUGCUGUGGAUGGUGGAGAAAAUAAGUUAACUUCCACUGCUGUUACUUUUGAUAUGACGGAAACUCCGGAGAGACAGGAAGUCACUUUGAAUGUGCAUGAUGAGUUAGCAGUUACGCGAAACAAUUAUGAUGAAGACAAUGAUGCAACACUUAAAGAAUUAGAGCCUGAGGAAGGGCAGCAGACGCAUGAUCUUGCCGGAUCAAUAUCUGGUGAAAAGAAACAACUUUCUUCAGACUCAAAGCCAGUGGGAGACGUAGUUGCAGAAAAGCAAAAGGCUAAACAGAAAGAACCACGGGGAUUUCAGGAAAAACAGGCAAAAGAAAAUGCAACAACUAGGUGGAUACCUUCUAACAAAGGUUCUUAUCAAGAUUCAAUGCAUGUUUCAUAUCCACCGAUAAGGCAUAAUAGUUUACCACCUGUUUUGUCAAAUGCUACCUCUGCGAAGGAGAAAAUGACUAAUGCCAAAGGAAGACGUAUUUCUAGUUCUCGUUCGACAAAUGAUCUGAAAAGUUGUAAUGGGGACAAUUCAAAAUCUCUAGAAAGCAUAUGGGAAACUGAUUCAAACGCCCAGCUGUCACCAUUGACACCAAUUACAGAGUCAUCUCAUCAGUCAGCUACUCAAGCACCACAGUUGAGCUCUGAUCAAGUGCUACAACCUCAUCUCCCCCCUUUCCCUCCACCCCCACCUCCACCCACAUCACCAUCUUCUUCCUUGGAUGGUAAAGUGUCUACGAUACCACAACCGCCGCCUCAACCGCCUCCUCAACCACCAGCACCACCUCCACCUUUUUUGUCAGGUUUUGGCAAGAAAAAUGAAGAGAUGGACUUACAAACUGCAACUCAUCCUCCUCCACCCCCACCUCCGUCUUCAUUUUCUGCGCAAAAUAGAGGGAGCUCAUUACCUCUUUCUACUCACAGGAAGCCCUAUUAUUCAUCAAUUGGCAUGGUUGGAGAAAAUGGUGGUGCUUUACCUCCUUCAAUAGGAAGUGUUUUUGCAUCAAAAGUUUAUAAAUUAGUUGAUGGAGUCUCUCUUCCCAUUCCUCCUCCCCCACCACCUCCACCCCCUUCUUCUCUCCCCCCAAAUUAUGGAGUUAGAUCCAUUCCUCCUCCACCACCUCCCCCACCUUCUUUGUCUUAUAUGGAUAGAGCUCCACCACUCCUUCCUCCUAUAACACCAACAUCACUUAAUGCUCCACUACCACCACCUUUAAGUAAAUCUCAACCUCCACCUCCACCACCAUUGCCGCUUACUCCUUCUUUUUGUAAAGCUCCAUCAACCCCACUUGCUAUUAGUAUAGCUCCACUGCCUCCACCUCUACCUCAUUUGAGUGGAGCACGACCUCCACCUCUUCCUUCAACAAGUAAAACACAACCUCCGCCACCACCACCUCUUCCUUCAUCAAGUGAAGAACAUCCACCACCACCACCACCGCCUCCUUCAAUGUCUAACAUCCCACCACCCCCACCCCCACCCAUACCACCACCACCACCACUUUCUCUAUCUUGUAGAGCAUCUCUACCACCACCUCUUCCUUCAAUUUCUAAGGGCCCCCUACCCCCACCCCCUCCUCCACCAUUCUUUGGAACUCCACCAUCAUCAUUUCAUCCUAGAUCAAGUAGAGCACCUUCACCACCACCUCCUUUGUCCAAGGAUCCACCAUUCUAUAGAGCUCCACCCCCACCCCCACCCCCACCAUUCUAUGGAACUCCACCACCACCACCACCACCACCACCUCUUUUUUCAUCAAGUGGAGUACCUCCAACACCAUCUCCUUCAUUGCCUAAGGCCCCACCACCCCCACCACCACCACCAUAUCUUCCUACAUUAAGUAGUGAAAUACCUCCAACACCACCAACUCUUGCAAUGUCUAAGGCCCCACCUUCAGCACUCAAUAGAGCUCCACCACCACCACCACCACCACCAUAUCUUCCUGCAUCUAAUGGAGCACCUCAACCACCACCACCACCUCCUUCAAUGUCUAAGACCCCACCACCACCACCUCCACCAUUCUAUGGGGCUCCACCAACCCCACCACCACCACCAUAUCUUCCUGCAUCUAGUGGAGCACCAUCGCCACCACCACCACCAUAUCUUCCUACAACUAGUGGAGCACCACCUCCUCCACCUCCCCCUUUUUAUGGAGCAACACCACCACCACCACCACCACCUCAUUCAUUGUCUAUGGCCCCACCACCCCCACCUCCACCAUUCUAUGGAGCUCCACCACCGCCACCACCUCCAAUGCAUGCAACACAGGCACCACCUCCUCCACCACCUCCGGGGGGUCGAGGCCCACCUCCUCCUCCACCUCCAGGUUUUCGAGGCCCACCUCCUCCGCCACCUCCAGGUUUUCGAGGCCCACCUCCUCCGCCACUUCCAGGUGGCCACGGCCCACCUCCUCCUCCACCUCCAGGUGGUCGAGGCCCUGCUCCACCACCGCCUCCUGGAGGUCAUGCACCUGGUGCUCCCGCACCUCCUAGACUUCCAGGUGGUGCACCCCCACCACCCGGGGCUGAUCCAAGAGGUAGAGGGCGUGGACUUGCUCGUCCUACUGGUGCAGCGGCACCUCGGCGAUCCUCCUUAAAGCCUCUUCAUUGGAGUAAGGUAACAAGGGCAUUGCAAGGAAGUUUAUGGGAAGAAUUACAAAGACAUGGAGAAACUCAAAUUGGACAAGAGUUUGACGUUUCAGAGUUAGAGAAGCUUUUUGCUGUAAAUGUUCCAAAACCUGCUGCUGCUGGUGGUAAAUCUGGAGGGCUAGGCAAAUCCGCAGGAUCCAAACCUGAGAAAAUUACCUUGGUUGAUUUAAGGAGAGCCUAUAAUACUGAAAUAAUGCUUACAAAGGUUAAGAUGCCUCUACCGGAUAUGAUGGCUGCAGUUCUGGCUUUGGAUGACACAGUAUUAGAUGUUGAUCAGGUGGAAAAUCUUAUUAAAUUUUGCCCUACCAAAGAGGAAAUGGAUCUUUUGAAGGCAUAUACUGGCAACAAGGAGAAUUUGGGAAAGUGCGAACAGUUCUUUAUGGAGCUGAUGAAAGUGCCACGAGUUGAGUCGAAAUUAAGAGUAUUCUGUUUCAAGAUUCAAUUUCAGUGUCAGAUUACAGAGUUUAAUAAGAGUUUAAACUUAGUGAACUCUGCAUGUGAAGAGGUCCGAAAUUCAGUCAAACUGAAGGAGAUUAUGAAGAAAAUUCUUUAUUUGGGUAAUGCAUUGAAUCAAGGAACAGCAAGAGGAGCUGCUGUUGGAUUUAAGUUAGAUAGCCUUUUAAAGCUCACCGAUACUCGUGCUUCUAACAGCAAAAUGACACUGAUGCAUUAUCUUUGCAAGGUCCUAGCUGAAAAGUCUCCUACACUCCUUGAUUUUCACCUCGACCUAGUUAGCGUAGAUACUGCCUCUAAGAUACAAUUGAAGUCAUUAGCAGAAGAAAUGCAGGCAAUUACCAAGGGACUAGAAAAAGUAAACCAGGAGCUUGCUGCUUCUGAAAGUGAUGGCCCAGUAUCUGAAGUUUUCCGUAAGACAUUGAAAGAUUUCGUUAAUGAAGCCAAGUCUCAGGUGGAUUCUGUAACACGCCUAUAUUCUGAUGUGGGUAGAAAUGCAGACGCACUUGCACAGUAUUUCAAUGAGGAUCCCGCCCGUUGUCCUUUUGAGCAAGUUACUGCAACUCUCUUAAAUUUUAUAAGGAUGUUUCUCAAAGCACAUGAUGAUAAUAUCAAACAAGCAGAAUUAGAGAAGAAGAAAGCUGAGAAAGAGGCCGAAAUAGAAAAGAAGGCUAAGAAGGAGGCUGAAAUGGAAAAGGGUAAAGGCAGUGGUUUGACAAGGAAGAGUAAAAAAGAUAACGAAGAAGAAAGCUGAGGAAGAGGCUAAAACGGAGAAGGCUAAGGACAUUGACUUGACAUGGAAGAGUGCAGAAGAGAUUAUUGAAGACUGGGUUGUCCACUCCUUUGCACUGACACCAUUAUCAGCCGGAGAGCAGAGAUCUACCUGCGGGUAUCAACAGGACUGCUUUCGAGAUUGAGCUAAGUAACCUCUCUUUCAAGAUGAUGGUGUGGCAAUUAGCCUCUCGAUGUCAUUUACUGAGGCAAAAUUGCGAAUUCUCGCCACGUGCUGAUCUUUGUACAUACAAAAGGCUUAGGAGUUGAUUCUUUAAUGGCAUGUUGCAGAAUAUCCGCAGAAAAAUAUUCUGGAAAAGCCAAAUUCUGACCCAGCAUCGGUGCCUGCUGAGAUUGCUUGAGAUUGAGAAUCAAUCUGCAUCUAAUGCACGCCAUGAAGACGAUGGAUCUGAUUCUUCAAAUUAAAAAGAAACUUUGAAGCGGAACAUGUCUUCUAUUGCAAUAGAACUGGCUUCAGCUUUCAUCACUCAUCGGCAUAUUUUCGGGCACCAAAGCACACACUGUUUGAUUGUAAAGCACCAGAGUCCAACAUUAGUAACUUACAACCUUGUACAAAGUUCUAACCCUCUUCUUUAGGAUCCAAUUCUUUCUCAUGUAACAUAGAAAAUAGUUUCUCUUUUUCUUUCUAAAUAGAGAAUUUUGUAGGAUAGCCGACAGUUAGAUUGUGUAUAGUUAUCAGGUUAAGAAAAGAAUUAGGAAACAGGUCUUUGUAGUGUAGCUAUAAGUAAACAACAGGCUGAGUUAGAAAUCCUAGUUUACAUUUAUCUUGUGAAAUACAAUACAGGAUAGUGAAGUAUAAAAGGUUACUGUUUUAUUCACUUUUUGCAACAUCUAAUGUAUCAAAUGAAAUUUAGCAUUCUGGACUAUAUGCUAACAUUUUGAUUCUAGAAAGAUACAUUGCAGAUUCAAAGGUGUAGUGUAGUUAUUU